AUCUUGAUUCUGAAACAUUGAAGCCUUAUUCUUCUCCUAAUGAUUUCUAUAAAACUAUUGAAGGUUAUAGUGACAAUAACCCUAUCAAAAAUAUCACAUGUAGUGGAAGUUGCAAUUUCUACUACAUAGAUGAAUUGAAUUUACCCGAAGCAUAUAUUGAUGUUGAAAUUAAUGAUAUAUUACCAAUUCCGAACUCAUCUUAUACCAUUUUACAAAUGGAGCCAAAGAGUCAGAAUAUUUGUUAUGAAGAAACUCAAAAUAAUGUGUUUGCAUUUAUCACGAGUAUCGGUGGCCUUUAUUCUUUUAUGUCAGCUUUCUAUAUUUUAUUAUUUGGAUCACCAAAAUAUUCUCCUUGGGGUUAUUGUCAAACUUGUCCAUGCUGGUGGCCAUUUCGCCGAAAUUACAAAAGACAUCUCGCAAAACAAUUUAUUUGCAACAAUGGUAUAACUCUAUUUGUUGAUAAUCCACUUGAGUUGCUUUCCGAUACAUCAUCCAUUGAAGACAAAAUAGUUGUAUUAGGAAAUCGGUUAGCUAUGUUGGAAGAUUUAUUAAAGAAAUUUUAUCUUGAUACAAGUUACUUAGAAUUAUUGAAAGAGACACGUGAAAAAUACAUUACUCUUUAUAGAAGUUAUAAAAUACUUGAAUCAAAUAAUACAAUUGAAGAGGGUAGUGAAUAA